GUUGGCGGAGGAGCGCGCGGCCGCGACCAAAGGAGGGAGGGAAGGAAGGAAGAGAGGGAGGCAGGCAGGCAGGCGGGCGCGGGGCUCGGGGACUGAGGCGGUAGAGGGAAGCGAGAGCCCGGCAGCCGCUUCGCGCUGUGUUUGCUGCGCGGGCUUUUGGAGGGGCGGCCGUGGAGUCGGCCGAGGAGAAGCGGACACCGGCGGCGUUGGUGCUGGCGCCUGGGGGCGGGGGACUGGGGAGGCGAGAAGGGGGGUCGCUGCGGUGCUUCUCUCGCUGUCGCGCUCUCCUUGCCUUUCUCCCGGCUCGGUGGGCUCCUCCCGGCGUCUCCCUUGCCUCCGGGGCCCCGAUCCCCGCCCCCCGCGGUAUGUCUUGAUCCCGAGCAGCGGGUUUCAUGGGGCUCCUCAGGAUUAUGAUGCCGCCCAAGUUGCAGCUGCUGGCGGUGGUGGCCUUCGCAGUGGCAAUGCUCUUCUUGGAGAACCAGAUCCAGAAACUGGAGGAGUCCCGGUCGAAGCUAGAAAGGGCUAUUGCAAGACAUGAAGUUCGAGAGAUUGAGCAGCGACAUACGAUGGAUGGCCCUCGGCAAGAUGCAGCUUUAGAUGAGGAAGAAGACAUGGUGAUCAUUUACAACAGAGUCCCCAAAACUGCAAGCACCUCUUUUACCAAUAUUGCCUAUGACCUAUGUGCAAAGAAUAAAUACCAUGUUCUUCACAUCAACACUACCAAAAAUAAUCCAGUAAUGUCACUGCAAGAUCAGGUGCGCUUUGUAAAGAAUAUAACUUCCUGGAAAGAGAUGAAACCAGGGUUUUAUCAUGGGCACGUUUCUUAUUUGGAUUUUGCAAAAUUUGGUGUGAAGAAGAAGCCAAUUUACAUUAAUGUCAUAAGGGAUCCUAUUGAGAGGCUGGUUUCUUACUAUUACUUUCUGAGAUUUGGAGAUGAUUAUAGACCAGGGUUAAGAAGACGAAAACAAGGGGACAAAAAGACCUUUGAUGAAUGUGUAGCUGAGGGCGGCUCAGACUGUGCUCCAGAGAAGCUCUGGCUUCAAAUCCCAUUCUUCUGCGGCCACAGCUCGGAAUGCUGGAAUGUAGGAAGCAGGUGGGCUAUGGAUCAAGCCAAAUAUAACCUAGUUAAUGAGUACUUUCUGGUGGGAGUUACUGAAGAGCUUGAAGAUUUUAUCAUGUUAUUGGAGGCAGCUUUGCCCCGGUUCUUCAGGGGUGCUACAGAGCUCUAUCGUACAGUAGGAAAGAAAUCUCAUCUUAGGAAAACCACAGAGAAGAAACUCCCUACUAAACAAACCAUUGCAAAACUACAGCAAUCUGACAUUUGGAAAAUGGAGAAUGAAUUCUAUGAGUUUGCCCUAGAGCAGUUCCAAUUCAUCAGAGCCCAUGCUGUACGAGAAAAAGAUGGAGACCUCUACAUCCUUGCACAGAACUUUUUCUAUGAAAAGAUUUACCCUAAAUCGAACUGAGUACAAGGUGUGGCAGUUAGAUUCUUGAACUACAGCUUUGACCCUGUCUUCACCUUACUUCUCAGCUCCACAACUUGGAUUGCUGAUGGGUGUGUAAGAUAAUUUGUAUUGAACUGAGUUAGGAUACAGACAGUGAUGUCAAGGAAGUAGAUUCUGGCUGAUAUGUUAGUGGUCUAGGAAGUUUAAGUUUCAGCCUUUUUUUUUUUCUGGUUAAAUAUUGGUGGGAGUUAUAACCUCCUGCCUGGACAAAACCUACACAUCACCUAAAAUAAACACAUAGCAGGUCUAAUUGAAGGCUAAAUAUUGAAAUACAAUUUCAGAAAAAGUUCUGAUACUCUUUUUGAUAAAGCUUUUUUUUUUCAACUAACCAUGAAUGAAGAUGAAUCCAUUUGCUACUUCCACCUUCACCUGGAGGUUUGGGUUAUACACCUCUACUGGAUAGUGUUAUUAACUGUUUGGCAGUGUGUACUUUGUUUUUGUGAAUCACGUCCCAUGAAAUUUAUUGAAAUGUUUGAUCACGUUUGCUAAGAAUGUAUCUGCUGUAGUUGGAACUGCCCAUAUUUAUGUAGGUCAUUUUAAUUUUCUUAAAAAAGUGAUUAUUAGUGUUAAAAAUCAAUUUAAACCAUUAUUAAUACUGUAAAAAGAAUCAAAGCAGUAUUUCUCAUUCCUGUCUCCCCAGUAUCUAAGAUUGGGGAAACACUUCAAAGAAUGUUGACAUUGCCUGAAGUUUUGGUUAAGGCUUCCACACAUUAAUAUCAAAAAAGUAAGUUUAGUAUUUGUUUCUCCAUGGGUUAUUUGUAAAGGUGUAAACUGAGGUAUUGGUGAGUCCAUAUUAUAACUCCAUUUAGUGAGCUGUGGUAUGGGUAGGAUUUUCCUACUUCUUCUGUACUUUUACUUGUAGACUAUUUUUACUAAGGUGCUUUAUAAUGUGUUUUAAAGCAUUGCAUUUACAAAAAAAAGAAAACGGAAAAUGCUGUAAAUAUUGCAUAUUUUAUGUAUUUGGACCAAAAGAUCAUAAGUAAUUAGACAAAAGUGGUUUUGCACCAAUUUUAUUAUGUCAAGUAAAACCAUCAGACCUACUGUUCUUGUAUUUCUCAUUUAACUUUACUGUUAAGACAUCACUGCAAUGAACUUCAAUAACCUUUCAAUUUUGAUACACAGUACAUUAUUCAUAAUUGGGGGCAGUAGUUAUAGUGGAAAGAGUACUGGACGAGGAGUCAGAAAACUUGAUUUCUUGUCCUGGCUCUGCCACUUACCAGCUGUGUGAUCUUGGGCAAGUCACUUAAUCUCUCUCUGCCUCAGUUUCCUCAUCCUGCAGUGAGGAUGAUAAUACCUGUCCUACCUACCUCACAGGGGUGUUGUGAGGAUUAAAUGAGAUGGCAUGUGAAAGCACUUUGAAAACUGUAAGUUGCUAUAUAAAUGUAAGGUAUUAUGGAAACAUCUUUAACAUAUAGUUUCAUACCAUUCGUUUUUUAACAAAGAAAGAGAAGAGUCCACCUAUAAGCUGGUUGAAAAAACAGUUAAUCUUGAUAUAAAUUUGUGUUUAAUAAAUAUCUUCUCAGUGUUUUAUCUUCCCUGUUUCAACAACUAUUGAAAUAUUGAAACACCUGUGAACUCUUACAGUUUCCUGAGCAGCUGCUUGAGUUCAGGAGGUUUCAUUAGCUGACUCAGGGCAAGGGAAAAUUCGCUCUUCAAAUUUGGAAGACUUUUCUGAUUUUAUUUUACAUUACCGUUCAGAAAGGGUACCUAUUUUAUACCUCUGGUUUUUAAGGUAUACUUUGCAGAGUUUGAUUUCCCUGUGCAUUCUUUACCUUCUUCCACUUCUUAGAGUAGCAGAGAUAAAGAAUUUUAGAAACAUUUUCUAAAAGGAUAAUCCUUAAUAGGUUUAGUUUAAAUAAAUAUCCCCGAACAAGGCCUCACCAAACUAUGUAAGCAUUAUAGUCAGGUGGCUUUAAAGGUUAUUAAUUGCAUAGAAGGAGGAGGGAGCGCUACUUAUCAAAAGACAUUUAUAGACAAAUUUAAAGAAAAGCUGAAGGAAAUUGACAGAAAGAGUCAUUGUAGCACCCUUUCCCCCUAAUAAUAGGACAAUAUUAAGGGAAUAUCAACAGGCUUACUUUUCUUACUUGGCUUUCUUUUUGGUGUAUUUAAUACCUUUUAUAGGUAUUUGUUGAGAAUAUAUACAAAUGAUUUCCUUGCCCAAAGUAAAGCACCACCUCAGGAUGGGGCAUCUGACGUUUGUCUGCUAAGGAACCCUAGUAUGCAGGUUAUUCUUGGGAGUCCAGCUAAAAUCUUCGUGAGGUGCAUCAACUCUUUUAGGUAACUAGAGUAGCACAUAGUGCACUAGAUCUGGGGUCAGUGAACUUUUCCUAUAAAGGUUCAGAGAGUAAAUACUAUUUUAGGCUUUGCACACCAUUGGUCUCCAUCACAACUACUCAACUCUGCCAUACUAGUACAAAAGCAGUCAUAGACAGCACAUAAAUGAAUGAGCAUGGCUGUGUCCCAAUAAAACUUUAUUACUGAAACAGGUGACAUGCCAGAUAUGGACCAUGGGUUGUACUUUACAAACUCCUGUAACAGAUUAUUAUUUAUGGAGAAAUCACUUUUGAAUCUGUACUCUAGUGGCCUAAAAGAGUUUAUAUACUUCCAAAAAAAGCUCCUAACUUCUAUCCAAAGAAUAGCUUUCUGAUUCAGGCAGUCUCUCCCACGGUUUCAUAAACUUUUACAACUUCGAUUGCUUCCAGGUGGGCGUGUUUUCUUUCCCAGUUUAACAGUUCAAAAUAGGGGCAUUUAUGCUAUCAUCUUUUAGGGUGUGUUAAAAGUAUCCUUCCUGGAGGCUGAGGAAGGUUUAGAUUUAAUUCCGUGUGGUCCAGUACAGUCCUAGGAAUCUGACAAGUGCAGAGUCCUUAUAAUACCUAACUUUAUAAUCAAAUAAAUAGAACCACUGAGACGACAAUGUAUUUUUUUAAAGUGGCAAAUGUGGUUUUCUUUUUUCAGCCUUUGUGCUUUUUCAGUAUUUUGAACCUAGGGAAAAAAGUUUUUUUUAAUAAUACAAAAGCAAAUUAACCACUUUGAAUUUUAAAAGAUAAUGUUAUAUGUGUAUGUGUACAUAUAUAUAUCUAUAUAUGUUUAUUUCCUAAAAGAGGAAAAAGUACCUUUUUGUUCAACUUGUAUCAACUCCUAUUUUCUAAUUGCUGUGAAAUGGCAACUGUUGAUAAAUUAUUGUGACUGUUUUAAAAUGUAAUGGGGAGGAUAUAUUUUGAUUUUACCCAGCUUUAAUCUGUAAAGUAUCACUUAAAUAUAUCUGAUAGCAACACUUAAAAUAUUGCAUGGGGAUUACUUUUCUAUCAUCCAUACGCAUUUGUGCAACUUUGAACAUAUUGGGUGAUUCUGAAUUCCUGAUGAUUGGAUUUAAAUUACUGAAAAUCAGAAAAAAGCUUACUGACUUUUAAACUUUGCAUUUUAUUUUUUAUUCUUAAAAUUCAAUUAAUGCCUAUAAUUUGAAGUCCUCUGUUGCUCUUUCUCAAUAUUAUGUCCUA